AUGAGGAAACGAUGUUUGAAGUGUAAUUUGAAGGAUGUGUGCCACAAUCAUGAGAGGUAUCGACUGGUGAGCAAACACAAACUUCACAAAACGCUCUGGCAAAAUGACUAUGUCAUUAAUCAUUAUCGACCUCCUGCAAUGACAAAAAAGAUGUGCGCUAAAAGCGCAUUCCACAUCAACAACGAAACCAUCAACAUCUGGAGUCACCUCCUCGGAUUCAUCUAUUUCACCUAUCAACAAUACUACACAAACUACAUCGUUCUCCCAUCAGUCGGCUCUCAUCAAUCCGAUCAUUUCGUGUUCACUUUAUCAAUUUUCGGAAUGCAAAUGUGCAUGCUCUUAUCAGCCAGCUAUCAUACAUUCGGCUGUACGAGCAUUGAAAUGCGACAAAAAUGGCUGAAAAUGGACAUUUUUGGAAUCUCCGCAGGUCUUCUUGGCAUGUACUUGAACGGGAUUUAUACAGCGUUCUUCUGCUUCCAGGAUCAUUUGACGUCUUACAUCUAUAUUCUGCUGGGCAUUUUUGCCAUUUCAGCCUACGUUCCAACUCGACAAGACUUUUUCGAGCGAAAAAUUGUUGGCUCCCGAGUCGGCCUCCUUCACAUUAUCUACUGCAUUAUUAUCACAUUUGGCAUCUGCCCGACGGUUCAUUGGGUAUUUCUACAUGGCGGAUUUGAUAGUGAUCAUGUUACGAAAUGGUUCCCGAAUGUUGUGGUUCUGUACUCCCUUAUAGCCGCCGCGUUUAUGUUCUACGUCACAAUGGUUCCAGAGAGAUUAUGGCCAGGAAAAUUCGACGUUGUCGGAUGCUCUCAUCAGUGGUGGCACAUUUUCAUCCUUGGCGCAAUGAUCUAUUGGCAACAGUCUGGAAACCAAUUGCUCACCGAGUACCGUUCUUUCUCCGAUAGUUGUCAUCGCUUUGUUUCUACCCAAAACUUCUCGGAUAUUCCACAAUCAAUUUCAAACUACAGUAAUCCACAAUUCUAG